AUGGCCGCUCUUUCGGGGAGGCGCAUGGAGAUUAAAGUGGCCUUGCUGAGCGGCAAGGUGGCAACGCUGCAUCUCUCAGAGGAGACACCUCUCCUUGAGUUGAGGCGCUUAGCACAGGAUCAGCUUCAGGUGACGAUCAAAGACCUGAUCACAGCUGAGGGCCAGUUGCUGAAUAGGUUUCAGGCGCUGCAGGAGGCAGGCCUGAAGGAUGGGGACACCCUCUCCGCCAUGGUUCGCAGGGCCACAGUCAUCUCGAAGAUGGGGGCCGCUGCUUUUGCUCUGCUGAAGGGUGAUGGGGGUGUUGUGACCUGGGGAGAUCCUUCCUCCGGUGGCCGCAGCACGGCAGUACAGGAGCAGUUGCAAGACAUCCAAGAUGUUGUUGCCUCCGAUGGGGCUUUCGCCGCCAUCCGGGCAGAUGGCUCGGUAGUAACGUGGGGAGAUCCAGACUUCGGCGGUGACAGUCGGUAUGUCCAGGAGCAGCUGACCAAGGUGACCAAAGUUGUGGCCUCCGCAUAUGCAUUUGCCGCCAUUCGCUCCAAUGGUAGUGUGGUGACUUGGGGGGUUAGCUACCCAGGAGGGGACAGUCGUGCUGUUCAGGCACAGCUGAGAGAUGUGAGGCACAUUGUGGCAUCCAGCUAUUCCUUUGCUGCGAUCCGUUCUGAUGGCACAGUGGUGGCCUGGGGAUCCAAAGCAACCGACAUCAAGUUCGAAGACAGACGAGCUCAGCUGCAAGACGUGGUAGAGAUCGUAGCAUCACAGAACGCAUUUGCUGCCCUCCGGUUCGAUGGUAGGGUGAUUAUUUGGGGAGAUUUUCGCUCUGGCGCCCGUGACGACAUGCAGAAUGUGCUCGUUAGUGUCACCCAGAUAGCUGCCUCUCAGAGAGCCUUUGCUGCGACGUGUGCAGACGGUAGUGUCAUCACGUGGGGCGUCGCUGAGUGUGGUGGAGACAGCAGCAGUGUUCAUGAACAACUGAAGGAUGUGAAGAAGGUUGUGGCUUCGCAGUACGCCUUUGCUGCCAUCCUGGGGGAUGGAAGCGUCGUGACCUGGGGUCAACCGGGCUCCGGCGGAGACAGCAGCUCCGUGCAGCCUUUGCUGCAAGUGCUACAUAUCAUGGCCGCUAAGAAGGCUUUUGCCGCCCUUCGCUCUGACGGUUCGGUCGUCUGCUGGGGACACUGGGAGUCAGGAGGAGUCCGGGACGAUGAACUGACGGAUGUGGUGGAACUUGCAGCUUCAAGCAAUGCAUUUGCUGCCCUUCGCAGCGACGGCAGCGUGGUUACCUGGGGCUCUGCCAGCUUCGGAGGAGACAGCAGUGCCGUCCAGAAUCAACUGACGGCUGAGGCUGUCACGCAGAAGCAUCGUAGGGCUUACACUUUCAAGCGGAAGUUCUCCGACAUGUGA